GCCUGGAGCGGGGUUUGAACGGCGGCGCGUACCGGAGCUUCUGGGUGCUGCGCCGUGACGGGCCGCUAAUGGAGCCCAUCUUGAAAGAUAUUUCUGCAUUUGUAGAAGUUUGGUCAUCUAACAGAACAGAAAAUUACUCAAAAACCUUUGAACGGCAACUUCUUGAUAUGGGAGCAAAAGUUUCAAAAACUUUGAACAAGCAUGUGACCCAUGUUGUCUUCAAAGAUGGACGUCUGACUACAUGGAAAAAGGCACAGAAGAUGGGUGUAAAAAUAGUUUCUGUACUCUGGGUGGAGAAGUGUCGAGAAACUGGAGUACACGUUGAUGAAUCCCUGUUUCCUGCAGCAGACAGUAAUGAAGGAUUGCUACUACAGAUCAAAAAACACAAAUGUAUGCAACCAAAAGACUUUAUUGAAAAAACUCCAGAAAAUGAUAGAAAACUGCAGAGAAGACUGGACCAGAUGGCUAAAGAAUUAGCUGUACAAAAGGUCGCGAUUAGUGCUGAAAAUGAUGUACCAGUUUUGCUAUUUGAAGAUGAUAGCUCACUUUCAUACAGCCCUGUUAAUAAGAUAAAAGAUCAAUGCAGUGCAAUGGAAAGGAGAAUAAAGGAGAUGAAGGAAAAAAGAGAAAAUCUUUCUCCAACUGCUUCACAAAUGUCUCAGAUACAACCAAGUAGUUCAACAGAAGAUUACCAGCUGUCUACUUGUGUCUUAACUAAUUCAGAAGAUGUAUUGUUACCAGAACAAAUGGAAGAUUCCUUGAACUCAAGUUAUGAUUGUCUUUUUGGAACUGAUAAAUUAAAGAGACAGAAAACAGAGGCAGUGAAACAGUCCUGUGAUACUUGGACUGAUAUUCAUGCACCCAUGAGUACAUCGGUGAAUUCUCCUCAUAACUGUGAGCAGAUGAGCUUAACACCAAAACAACAUAGCAGAAGAAGUUUAAGAACGAAACAAAUUUUAUGGCACACUUUGGAAGAUAAAUUGUCUUUAGAAAAGAAAGAUCUAAAAAACAUUCCAAAGGAAAAUCAGGAGGAUGAAAAUAGCAUGACUACUUCAUUUGCAAAUGGAAGUUCUCUUCUUAAUAUCAAGGGCUUGGGUGAUAGUACUCCUUCCAAAAAUAUUGUCAAGUUAAAUGCUGUUCCUGCUUUGAUUGGCAAUCUGUCUAACUCGCCUGUAAACGGCAGAGGCUUAAAUACAUGUUCAUGGGAUAGAAACUUCCCUAUUGACAGAAAUUAUUGUAAUCAUGAAGACAAGAAGAGGAACAAAGCACAAGCACUAUCUAGUUUGAAACUGGCUUCAUCAGAACUGGAUUCAUCAGAGUCUAAAGACUUCUUGCAAGAGGUUACUAUAUGUAGCAAGUCUUUUUCUUAUGAAGAGGAUUCUUAUGAAGACUUCUUUUCAUCAUCCGAUUUUAAUGAAAAGGAAGUACAUGUACCAAAGAAACCACAGAAUCCUCCUAAAGUUAGUUGCAAAGACUCUUUUACAACCAUGAACUUACUUGAUAUGAGUUUCUCUAAGGCACGUAAUACUUCCAAGAAAAGUAAGAAAAGGUCUAUUACAGCAAAUGAUGUUUCAGUGAAGAAAAACUUCAAACCAGCUGACUAUCCUGGAAGUGUGCUAUUAAAUUAUAUGUCAGAUGGUGAAAAAGCCGACACUGCGGAAGCUCGAGAUUCUGAUUAUAUGAAUAGGCUACCUCAGCAAGCUCAUGAAAAAUCCAGCAGAACCAAUGUGAAUUAUGAUACUAACACCACUGGUGAUGAAAAUGAAGUUUCAGAAUGUCAUGUUAUUGAUGACUCUUGCAAAGUUUUUAAUGAACAAAAGAAUAAGCACAAUGGGGGGUUAAGAAAAACUAGAAGACUUCAAAAGCCAACCAGGACACUAGUUAUGACGAGUAUGUCUUCUGAAGAGCAAAAUACAGUAAUUCAGGUGGUGAAUAAAUUUGGAGACUUUUUGUUGUCAGAUGCUGUAUGUGAAACAACAAGUCAUGUAGUUACAGGGAGUCCUCGUCGUACCUUGAAUGUUAUGCUGGGAAUUGCUCGAGGGUGUUGGAUUGUUUCAUAUGAAUGGGUUCUAUGGUCUUUGGAAUUGGGUCAUUGGAUCUCAGAGGAACCAUAUGAACUUUCAUCCACCUUCCCUGCAGCUCCUAUCUGCAGACUUCAGCGUCACCUAUCAACAGGAAAAUACAAGCAGAAGCUCUUUUCAAACCAGCCUGUCAUGUUUGUAUCUCCUACCAGUCAGCCACCCUGCAAAAAGCUAAUUGAACUUAUCCAGCUGUCAGGAGGAAAAACAUGUAAAGCCUUACGUCAGGCAAAAAUCUGUAUAGGAAAAAACCCAGGAAACAAGUACCAGGAAAUAAAAUGUCUAUCAGAAAAAUGGGUAUUAGAUUCGAUCACUCAGCAUAUAAUAUGUCCCAUGGAAAACUACAUUUUUCAGCUGUGAGCUAACUCAAGAGCUUCCAUAUGGUUGUAAAGAAACAAGCCCAGUUUGGAUUCACAAAAAACAUAAGCUGUGAAUAAAAUUUGUAAGAAAAUGCAAGUUACAUAUUUAUAAAUACAGAGAAAUGU